AUGAUUAUUCCGAUCAGAUGUUUUACGUGUGGUAAAGUCAUCGGAAACAAAUGGGAUCAAUAUUUGGCUCUGUUACAGGCUGAAUACACGGAAGGUGAUGCUCUGGAUGCAUUGGGGUUGAAGAGGUACUGCUGCAGAAGGAUGCUGCUCACCCACGUCGACCUCAUUGAGAAGUUACUAAACUACGCUCCACUAGAGAAAUGA